AUGUUGGAAAGAGAAUUAGGAAUUCCCAACCUAUUGGAAAGGGGAGAUACUUCAGCAUGUUAUGGGAGCCAAGACAGUGGAGUGAUGAUAGCUGCAGCAAGCGAUGCUCUAUGGAACAAUGGUGCUAUUUGUGGGAAAGUAUUCACCGUUACAUGCACUGGACCAACAAAUCCAUAUCCGCAUCCGUGCACCGGGAAGAGCGUGACGGUGAAGAUCGUCGAUCACUGCCCCGGAUGUGGCGGGACCCUAGAUCUCUCUAAAGAAGCCUUUGCAACAAUUGCUGAUCCAGUUGCUGGGGUUGUCAACAUUGACUAUUAUUAG